CCUAACUUUCAAGGGAAAUACCUACUGGUUUGCUUCAGAAAUACAGUUUAAGAAUAGUUUUUUAGUCUGUUUUGAUUUCACAAGAAAGACAUUCUGGUCGCAUUUGCCUCUACCGUUUGAGGAUACUUAUCCUGAAGAUACUGUGAGUCUAUCUAGUGUUAGAGAAGAUCAGGUUGUGGUUUUAUUCCAGCCCUGGGAUAUAUUGACGUUGGAGAUCUGGAUUUCCAAUAAGAUUGAUGAGCAUAACGCCAUGUCCUGGAAUAACAAGGUGUUCUUAUCGGCGGAUAUCAGACAGCUCAUUCACCCUCAGUGGCAGUUUCCGGUAUCUGCGAGUUUCUUCAUUGACGAGGAGAUGAAAAUUGCGGUGUUUUUUGAUAAAGACGCAGAUAUACAAAACCCCACUCGUGAAGUAGCUUAGAGCAACCCCAUUGAGGGUUUUAAACAGGUUCAUGGGCAGGUUUUGAGGCCUUUUGGAUAAAAAUAAAUGAGAAAUUGGGUUUAAUUUGGCGACCCGCCUCUUACCUGUGAUCCCGUCCGAUACGGGUUCAGCACAGGUGUCGCAUUCUGAUUGGUGAAGGGGAGUAGAGGUCACGCGCUUGAACGCGGAGAGAGAAUCAUUUCUCUCAUUUUUGCGAGAAAGCUAGGGUUUGCUCUGUGUGGCGAUUUCAUUUGCGACGCCGAGCUCUCACCCAUUUUCUCCUCUUUUCUCGAUCGAUUCGGCGCCGGAUUGUCUCCUCCAGGACCAGAGGUGAGUUCCGAGUCGAUUGACGUUUAGAUAUUAGCCUUCUGUUGUCGAGAUCGCCAUUGUGAAUUGUCAAAAGAUUUUAUGAUCUCGGGUUAGGGUUCGAAAUCGAGAUGUGUUUGGAUCUAGGGUUGUAUAACCUCGUCUACGGGUUCUAUUUAUCGAUUAAUGGUCCGAGAUUUGCGGAUUGAAAAUCCAAUAGGGGUUUUCGAUUAAGGGUUAAAAAAAAAUUUGGGGGUUUCGAUUUGUGGUUUGAUAUAUUAAACUGGGUUGGAUAGACGGUUGGUAUGAUCGUAUUUUACAUUUUUUUUGUGCUAAUCAAUUCUUGUUUUGUGCUUUAGAUGGAUCCCGCAGAUGAGAGAACAGAUUGUAAGAGGAAACUGGAGCACAUAAACCUCCUGAGUUACAUCAUUGGAGUAGAUGGAUCCUUCAAAGCAGCAGAUGUCAGAGAAUGUGCAGACAAAGUUCUUACUGCUUUUGUUUGCUCAUAUGUUCCAAGCUUAGUGCAACUUAACUAGUCCACUUAUUUCUUAUUUGUUUGUUGCUUAUUUUACUUCCUCAUCUUCCUUGAUUAAUAAAUACUCAUAUAUUUAUUUAAGUUUGUUUUUCAUCCUUGUUUAUGUUUUGCCGUAUUCGACUUUAGUUUCACAGCAUCUUCCUUAGACCAAAUUGUCCUCUCAUUCUUACCUCUGCCGCUUUGUGUGAGUGCCUCUUUUUUUGUCUAAUGUUUUGAUCAUUCUAGAGCGUAAGAUCGGUGUUUGUAGCUUCACUAUUUCAUAGACAUUCCUAAUUUGGUGCAGACAUCUCUGUCUUUUCUUGAUGGUUUGAAUUAAUGUCCCAUUGCAUUCACAUCUGUUUGGACAUGAUUUUGAUAUGUGUAGAAAACCCAAACUUUGCUGCGGAAUGCAUUCACCAUCAUCCCAAAAUCUUUUCUUAGCCAUGACCUUCGAUUCCGUCCGGGAGCUCCUGGCUGGAACCGAUCCUCCCGGUGAUGGGUUUCUAUAAAAUUAUGCUGCAGUCCUUCCCCUGCCCUCAAUGCCACUCGCGUGGUCGAUCACGGCAUCAUAAACCAGCACAUCCUUCUGGUGUAUGUGAUACAUGGAAACAGCGUAUAAAGAAACGUGGAGAAAGAAGGGGCAGUCUAUUAGUUAGUUCGAGUUUGUUGGAGUGAAACCAACAACUGCCAAUGAGUAAUUGACAAGGGAUGAAGGAGCACUUACGUUUAAUAUUCUGUUUUCACAUUUUUAGAUUCAUCCGGAAUAAAUUCUGCAAAGGUGAUGUGUAUAUAUAAAAUGUCUAACAUGUGAUUUGAAAACUUCAAAUAUGAUUUCAGAUUAUUAUUAUUUUUGACUAAUGAUUUUAGAUUUGUUGGUUGGGAAAUAAUGCUUACGUCCGGUACUUUUUAUAUAUUGAACGAGUAGCAUGCAGAAAUUACAUGGGAAUGAAUAGUCACGUAUUUGCAUUAGCAUUAGGUAUUUGAAUGCAACAUAAAUAUUGGACCUGUUAUUUUUUUCUUUUCUAUAUACUUCUAUAAAUCACAGGCGUGUGACCCAGGUUGUUGAAGUCGUGAGUCAUAGCUUGUGACGUUUCCCAAGACUUCUUCCUUCUUCUUUUUUCUAACAAAACUUCUUCCUUUUGCCCGUACAAGAUCUUGAAUUAUGUAACUAAUAGCUUAAUAUAGUGGAUCCACAGAUACCUUAAUUUUCUAAAAUAUAUAUAGUCGAUGCAACUCUAAGUUGAGUUGUGAUAGUGUUUAGCAUUUGUAGACAGGGGCGGAGCUAGUCGUAUAGCAAGGUGGGGGCACAUGCCCCCACACUAACUUUAUAUUUUUUUUGUUUUUAACACAAUUUUGAGUAUGUUAAUCCGGAAUAUUUGGUUAAAUUAGGUCAGUGGUGUCCCAGGCUCCCACGUUUGACAAUAUUCAUCUUUUUGUUAUUUAUUUUUUUUGUCAAACUUAAUGUAUAUAAUUACUCUUUGUUUUAAUAUUUAUUUGUGUUAUUUUUUGUUCCCUUAAACUUUAUUAUAUUAGUUAUAUUUGUCUAAUUUGUUCAGUUUUAUUGCGUAAAUAUCAAUUGUGAAGUUCAAAUUUCGUUUUUCCCUCAUUUUGUUUCUGAAAAGAUAAAUAUUUUAUGUUUUAUAUGUAUUAAAAUAUAUCAAAUCUGACAAUAAAUGAUUAACUAAUACUAGUAGUUAAGUAAAUGUAAUUAUUAUUUUAAGAUUACAAUUUAUGAUUACUAAGUCAUAUAAAAUGUAUUGAAAGCAUAAAAUAUAUCUUUUCAGAAAAACAUUUGUAAUAUUUAUUUAGUUGGAAGAUUUAUCGUAAGCAUAUAGUAUUUUAACAAUAAUAUAAUAAAAAUUGUAAAAAAAAUAUUUAUAAAAACUAUAGAUGAAAAUUUAUUGUGCCCCACAUAUAAUAUUUUUCUAGAUCCGCUCAUGUUUGUAGAUGAACAAUUGCAUUAUAUAAUAGUUGCACUUUCAAAAAUAAUAUUUAUACAUUAAUGCUGGUGAAUAGGAUUCAACGUUUUUUUGCUAAAUUAUUUAUUUAACAUACUAAUAUUAUUAUAGAGUGAGAGAUUUUGGAAAGAUACUUUGUUGUUGAUAAUACUCCUGCAUAGGGUUCAAAGUUUAGAAAUAUAUACACAAAGUACCGCAAAUCGUAGAUUUAUGACGUUGAAAGUUCUUGAAUGUUGAAUGGUUGUUCAGUUUGGACCAAAGACGUCACUUAUUACGUCUGCAAUAUGAUGUAACAAAUAAAUAAUGAAAGAAAAGUUUCACGAAAUUUGUUGUUUCUUUCAAACAUUUGUAUUGUUAGAGUCGUUAGACAAAAGUACGAGAUUUCAUAAUAUUUAAGUAUAGUCUGGUCCAUCGAUUAUGCGGUCUUCUAAUUUAUUUGGUUUAACGGUUAUUUUUCUUUUUUGAACUAAAGGUCUUUUUGAUAAAGGGUUUAAAAACUAAAGGUCUUUACACAAUGAAAAAUUAAAAAACUAAGCAAUGUAAGCAUGGAAUGGAAGAUGGGAACAGUAUAUUACAAUAAUAUUUCUUUUACAUAAAGAAAGACAUCUACUUCCUCUGUUUCGGAAAAUUAUAUAUUUUAGAUUUUUCACAUUUAAUAAAAAAAAUAUCAGAUUUAGUUAUCAAUAUAUUAUUUUCCGUAAUCAAUUAUUCUCCACAAUUUUUAACCAAUAAAAUUUUAAUAAAUACAAUUAUAUUUUCCGAACUUUACAAUUUGCAAUUAGUUUAUGCAUUGAAAACGUAAAAUAUGUAUCUUUUUGAAAUAAUUUUUUUUCUAAAACAUAAAUCUUUUUGAAACAGAAGAAAUACAAUUUUUUCAUCCUGUCACCAAACAGAACUACGUUGUCAACAAAUAUAGUGUUCCACAUUUGUUUGACAUACUUGUUUAAAUGCAUUAAUCUUUUUUUUUCACUUAAAAAGAGUUAAAUCCGAAUCUAUUAAAAACACAGACCUAAUUUUUGGGUGGAAGGUGCAGCCCACAAUAGGUCUUUUCUCGGGUAUUCAUAUGGAUGUAUCCGCAGUAGUGGUGACCAGAUUAAUAUGACUUAUUUUCCGUAACAGAAGGAUCGAACCCAUAAUAUGUUUGCAUUUAAAGUCCAUCCACUACUGCCGGACCGAGGUCCGUUCUAAAUGCAUUAAUCUUUGAAACCAUAACUUUUUCACUUUCACACCUUUCUUCAUCGGAUGUCCACGAAGGGACUUUCACUUUCACACCUAAACGGUUGUUUUUCUUUCUUUUUUAGAAUUAAAACAAACCUAUAGUUCGUACAUAACGUCGACCGGUGGUGCAAAAAAUAAAUUAUAACUUGUAUUACUUGACCAACUCUGUCGUCAAAGUUUACAUCAUAUAAUCCUACGCGGUGUUUUGGUUUCUUUAUUUUAAAAAGAGAAAUUGCUUAAAUAUAAUAUAAGUGGGUAUUAUUUUUCAAAAAUAUAUUCGAUUAAAAAUACUUUAAUAUUUAAAUUUAAGAUUUAAUGAUUAUUUUAAGGUUAGUAUUUAAGAGAUUGACUUUAUAAACUUCUAUAAAUAAUUAUUAAACAUUUAUAAAUGAUCCAUGAAAGUUAAACUUUUUUCAUAAUAAACUUAAAAUAUUUAUAAAAAUGAUUACAUUUAAAGUUAAAUUAAUUUGAAAAAUUGUAUCAAAUUUGAGGGAAAACUGAAUUUCCUUUUACAGAAAUUCUUGUAAUUACUAGUUACAAGAAUGUUAUGAUAGACAACAUGAUCAUAAACAACCUAACCUAAAAAUUAUUAGAAAAUGGGAAAAGCGGUCUACAAAUUGAUAUAUGGUUGGAUUAAUUUAUUACAGCACAUCCGUACAUGCUAAAAUAGGGUGUCACGUUAACUAUUAAGACAACGGUUUGUUGAUUUUCUGCCGUAUAUUGUAGCUUUUACAAGACACAGUCCAGACAUCCUACCAUCUAGGAAGAUGGCAUAAUAGACCAAAACUGAUCUAUAAGAGCACCUCCAAGCAUCUCCAAUGGAAGUUCUGCCCAUUAAAAUUCUUAAAAUAUAUAUGUGUAUAUAUAUAUAUUAUAUAUGUGUUUGUAGUUGUAGGGUUCACCACUUUUGUGACGAACCCCCAUUGCAGUAUCCAUAAAAUAGCACAGUUCAGAAUAAUUUUUUUUUAUCAAACUGUUGUAGUUCGAAAUAAUUUGCACUAUUGUUUCUUAUUUGUUAGCUUCAACUUUUACGUGUUUAAUUUUUAGUUUAGUUCACAUUUUUCAACCAAAAAAUAAUAAUAACACUGAAAUUUCAUUGAAAACUUAAGUAAUAUAUUAACAAAAUAAAUAUGUAAAACUAUUAAUUUAAGAUAUGCCGUCUAAUGAAUACAAUAUCAUUAACAACCACUAGUAAAAUUUGAAGAUGAAUCUGAUGAGGACGAAAUGGGUGAUCAGAAGGAGACAAGGCAAAUAGUUGGAUGUGUCAAACGACUUUGUUGUGGUUCAAAAAUCCAACGGUGAAGAGAAAGUUGUAUGCAAUCACUGUAAGAAUGAGUACCCAUGGAGCUCUCACUCACUUGGGACAACCGGUUGGAGAAGGCAUCAUAAUAGAUGAACUCAGUAUACAAAUAAUUUUUGUAACAUGCAUCUCAGUGUUGAAGCCAGAAAGCCCGCAAGUAUGACCAUGUUAUUUUCAUGCAGCUGGUAGAUAAAUCAAUGAUUCAGCAUGAAUUACCAUACUCAUAUUGUUAGUAUGAAAAAAUGAGAGAGAAUGAAAGUACUUGAAUGUUGAUGUCAAAUUCAUUUGUUGGAACACGACAAAAGCAAAUGUGUACCAGUUUUAUGAAAACAAGUGAAACCUUGAACAAGGAAUUGGCUAGACUUCUAGGAAGUAUAAGCUUCACGUCUGAUUUGUGGCCAACCAUCAAACAUGAGGUCUAGAGCCCCCUCUUGGUCCGGAGCCCCUUGUUGGUCUGGAGCUGUCAUACUUCUUUCGGUGGUACUCGUCUUUUUCUUGGUGAAAUCUGGUGCUCUUGGUCUAGUUGCAGAAGAGGUGUUUCUCUUCACUGUCAUGCCUUCCUUAUGUAGCAGAAAUUGGUUUGAUUCCCUUAUUGGGUGGUUUGAGAUUAUGAUGGUUAUGUGGCUCAUCGAGGCAAUGGUUGUCUAUUGGUGUAGCAGUAGAAGUGAACCCUUAUUUUUCCUCCCUUUCGCCAUUAGAGUGCGAAGAUGAUUUCUUCCUCAAGCUUAUUAUUAGUUGAUUUGUUCCCAUGUUGUUCUUGGUCAUAGAAUCGUUGUCCUUCACUUUCGUAUUCGUUUAUUGUUAGUAGGUUUUUGUGUGUCAGUAGUUUUUAUGCUUUUCUUAGCCUGAUUAGUAUUGUUUCUCCGUAGUUGGGGUUUGGUCUCCUUGUUUUUUAGAGCUUAUUUUCCAAGUAUGUACUUGUUGAUUUGUAUUCGAUAUCCACCUGUGUAUAAUUUCUGGUUUGGAGAGCAUGACCAAUGGUGUCAACCCCUAGUAAUUUAUCAUAAUUCUAUUUUUAGAUAAAUUUUUAAUCAGAUAAAAAAUGAUGAACUAACCAGUAAAUGAGAUAUGUUAGAAAAAUAUCCAAAUUUUGUUUGUUGGAUAUCUCUGAACCCCACUCUUCUUCUUUCCACAUUUUUUUUCAUUUUCUCUCUAUCUUUUCAUUUAUUUUAUUUAUGUUUAAGAGCGACAUUAAAGGUAGAAAUCAUCACGUUUUUCACAAAAGACAAAGUAAAUUUUUUUCAUUUUUCUUAAUUUUUAUAAGUGUUGGCACACUAAAUGACUGCCACAUGUAAAAUUGGUUCUCAAAUUUAUAAAAAAAAUUCUUCAUGAAGGUAUUCUCUACACUCUGUUUUUUUCUUUUCAAUUAUUUUAUUUAUUGUUAAUGGUGAGAGACUCUUUGAGAGCUCACCAAUAAUGAUGCUCUAAUGUCUAUACAUACUUUGGUAGAUAAUACCAAUAAGGUUGUUCUAAUGAAUCUUCAGGAUUUAAAAAAAAAACUUUAAAGCACAAUGCAGAAACUUUUUUUUACUUUUACAAUAAAACAAAGGUUCAUUGAUUUUCUGUCGUAUACGGAUUGUCCCUUUUACAGGACACAGUCCAGACAUAUCCUAGCAUCUAGGAAGACGGCAUAAUAGACCAAAACCGUUAUAUUCCAUCUAAAUAAUAAUAAGAGUACUGCUUCAAGUCAGACGCGUCCAUCUAAAUGGCAAAACAACAGUAUUCAUAUAAUAGAUCAGUUCAGAAUAUUUUUUUUUGUUUGACCAAAUUAUUCUAGCUAGUUCGGAAUAUUUUGCAUUGUCGUUUCUUCUUUUUAGCUUCAACUUUUAUAGGUUUAGUUUUAGUUUAGUUUGUUAUUAUUAUAGGAAAUAAUAUUAUAACACUGAAAUAUCUUUGAAAACUUAAGUAAUAUAUUAAAAUAAGAAAAAUAUGUAUUCAUUACAAAAGAAAUUUGUAAAACGAUUAACUUAAUGAAUACAGUCUAAUGGAUACAAUUCGAUUAACUGCUGAUAUCUAAAAUCAUAAUGUCUAGUUUAUUAUUCAUUUCGGUCACAUUAUGGUACACCCUCAUGCAUUUACUGGUAAUCAUGUGGAUCCUCGAGCUAGUUCGAUUUUUUAUUGUUAUCAAGAUUACAAUAUUAAGUAAAUGCUCGAAGGCAUGGAGGUGUUUGUGCUUCAGUGGACAUAACAACCCGAGCUAUAGGGAAAUUGGUGAAGAAUCCCAUCAGCUCUCUCAGGUACAGGGGACCUCAUAAAGUUGGAAGGUCUAGUGAGAAGAUGGUUUGAGAUAUCUACUCUUUAAAACAAUUUAUUCUUUUAUUCUUUACACUCUAGCAUAGUAACCACCUCAUUGUAAAUUCUCCAAUGAUCAAUAAAUUUGAAAUUUCAUUUAAAAAAAAUAUUAAGUACAUUUAUACGUACUGUGGUAUGGUCAUCAGGUACCAUUUGUGGUUUAUAUUUUGUAUCAUUUGCAUGUGCAAAGGAUAAUAGCAAGACUUUUCUUGAAAAUUCACGGAACGUUUAAAGACGUAUAAUGGAAACGGUCCAAAAUAUCCUAGAAAAUAGCCAGCCAAUACUGGUCCUAAAGAAUUUCAAUAUUCCUUAAAACAUAAAGGAUGUAAACAAAUCAAAUAAAAACAAAGUCAAGUCAACAAACGAGAGUCAAAAUAGUAAUAAAAAUCAAAUACAAAUCGAAACAGCUAGCUACCAUCAACAUUUGCAUUUAAAUAGAUGAUCAUAUUCGUUUAGCAUUUCUGCUCUUGUCAACAUAAUAACCUGAGCCCUCUCGCUCUCUCUCUUUCCAUAAUCGCCCAUGCAGAUACUUACGCCUAACACCGACUUAUUCCACCCACAACGUAAACUUUUUACAUGCAGUACCAUAACCUCGACGUUGAUCCCAACGAAGCCACUCUCCGUUUCUACGGCACGGAAAACAAACAGAGAACAUCUCAGAAACCUUGAGAACGUUCUUAAAACCUCCACAACCUCUACAGAUAAUCACGACAAUAACGUAUCUUCUCGUCCAGUUAAGACGACAACGUCAACGUCUACGUUACUAGGAGGUUUGAGUUUGGCGAGAAUCUGGCCUCAUAUGAAAGCCGCCGUUGACGAAAUGUCUCCGAGGAUUCUAAAGCGGCUUCAAAGACUUCUCUCAAAAUCAUCGGAGGAGCGUUCGCCUAAGAAUAAACUCGGGUCUAACUGGCGAGAGCUACACGGGUCCAAUAACUGGGCCGGGUUGCUUGAUCCUCUAGACGAGAAUCUACGGCGAGAGAUUGUCCGUUACGGUGAGUUUGUGCAGGCGUCUUAUCACGCGUUUCACUCGGACCCGGAAGGCUCGCCGAGAGACAUCGCGUUACCAGAUGGUUCAUUUAAAGUGACCAAAAGUCUUUACGCCACGUCAUCGGUUCGUUUACCUAAAUGGAUCGAUGACGUGGCACCUGAUCUUAGGUGGAUGACUAAACCGACUAGCUGGGUUGGGUACGUGGCUGUCUGUGAUGAUCCGAGGGAGAUCCGACGGAUGGGGAGGAGAGAGAUCGUCAUCGCGCUACGAGGAACCGCCACGUUGCUCGAGUGGUCAGAGAAUUUCAGACCGAAUCUGGUUUCCAUGCCUGAGCCAAAACCCGAUCCAUCCGACCCGACCCGGCCUAAAGUUGAAUGCGGGUUCAAUAGCCUCUACACGACGGCUAGCCAACAAGCGCCGAGUCUCGCCGAGUCGCUGGUCGGAGAAAUCAGCCGGCUUGUGGAUCUCUACGCCGGAGAAGAGCUGAGCAUUAGUGUCACCGGACACAGCCUCGGUGCCGCCAUCGCUCUCCUCGCAGCCGGCGAUAUCGCCGAGCGUGUCCCCAACGCGCCUCCGGUGUCGGUUUUCUCGUUCGGCGGGCCUCGUGUAGGGAACAGAGAGUUCGCUGACCGGCUAGUAUCCAAGGGAGUGAAAGUCCUCCGCGUUGUGAACAGCCAGGACGUGGUGACGAAAGUCCCCGGAAUAUUCUCCGAUAAAGAUAAUAAUAGCAAGAAGGGGCAGCAGAAUCGUAUAAUGGAGAUGGUGGAGAGGAACAAUCCAUGGGCUUACUCGCACGUGGGAGCUGAGCUGCGCGUGGACAUGAAGAUGUCUCCGUACUUGAAACCUAACGCUGACGUGGCGUGCUGUCAUGACCUGGAGGCGUACUUGCACUUAGUCGACGGGUUUUUGGCUUCGAACUGUCCGUUUCGGGCAAACGCUAAAAGGAGUUUGAGGAAGCUGUUGGAUGAGCAACGGUCUAACGUCAAGGUUUUGUACACUGGAAAGUCUUUGAGACUCAACCGUGAUAGUAUUGUCGAUAAUGGAGAUGUUUUGCCUAGUCCGUCAUCGUGACCUCUGAAUUUCUCUUCCUACUUUAUUUUUAUUUUUUAUUUUUAUACAAUUCAUUAAUUAAGCUAUUAUUAUUUAUUGUUUGGAUGGGAAAAAAGCUAUUUAUUUUAUUUAUUAGUAGUCGCCAUUGGCCGAUGAUAAAAGUUGUGUAAUGUAAGACUUUUGGCGUUGUUUAAUUCUUCUACAAAGGCGUGAAGAUAAUUAAAUAUGUCCUUGCAUGGAAACGAAAAAAAUAAAAUGAGGGUGUUCGUUACCA